AUGGGCAAAAUACUACUGGCGUGUGUCCUGUCUGCGCUGCUGCACGUGCAGCUCGGGUCCUCCUAUAUCCUGUCAUGCUACUUCACCAACUGGGCGCAGUACAGGCCCCCACCCACAGUCUACAUGCCCACCAACAUCGACCCCUGCCUGUGCACCCACCUGCUCUACGCCUUCGCCACCAUGAAAGACAACAAGCUGGCCACCUACGAGUGGAAUGACGUUGAGCUCUACAGCGAGUUCAACGCCCUCAAGAACAAGAAUGGGAAUCUGAAGACCCUGCUGUCCGUAGGGGGAUGGAAUUUUGGAUCUUCAGGAUUCAGCAACAUGGUGGCCCAGGCCGGGACCCGUCAGAUCUUCAUCAACUCCGUGAUCGAAUUCCUGAGGCAGUAUGAGUUUGACGGCUUGGAUAUAGACUGGGAGUACCCGGCCAACAGGGGGAGCCCUCCGCAGGACCAACAGCUCUACUCCGUCCUGCUGGAGGAAAUGCGGGCAGCCUUUGAGAAGGAGGCGCAGGAGACCCACAGAGCCCGGCUCUUGAUGUCGGCAGCCGUCUCUUCCGGUCUCGGAACCAUUCAGUCCGCUUACCAGAUCCCCAAACUCGGCCAGGCUCUGGACAUGAUCAACGUGAUGACCUACGACAUGCACGGCUCCUGGGAGACCUUCACUGGAGAGAACAGCCCUCUGUACCGGGGUCCCGCAGACCAGGGUGGAGACAUUUACUUCAACAUCAACUACGCCAUGAAUUACUGGAAGGACAAUGGGGCCCCAGCGGAGAAGCUGCUGGUUGGGUUUCCCACCUACGGGCAGACCUUCACCCUGAGAAACGCAGCUGAUCACAUGGUGGGCGCCCCCAUCUCUGGUGCUGGAGCUCCAGGAAAGUACACGCAGGAGGCUGGAGAGCUGGCCUACUUUGAGAUCUGUGGAUUUUUGGAAGGUGCAACAUUUGUGUGGAACGAAGUGCAGGAUGUUCCCUAUGCCUACAAAGGAACGCAGUGGGUUGGUUUUGACAAUAUCAGGAGUUUUGGGAUCAAGGCACAAUGGCUAAUGAAGAAUAACUUUGGAGGUGCCAUGGUCUGGACUCUUGACAUGGAUGACUACCUGGGCACCUUCUGUAACCAGGGGAAAUAUCCUCUGAUCAAUGUUCUCCACAAAGCCUUUGGUCUGGAUCAAGUGGCCUGCACGCCCCCUGCGACCCCCCUGCCCCCCAUCAAGGGCCUGACGACCACUGGAGGAAGCACGGGAGGCGGAUCCGGGGGCAGCUCCGGAGGCGGAUCCGGGGGCAGCUCCGGCAGUGGAACCAGUGGGAUGAACGGAAGCUUCUGUGUGGGCAAAGCCAACGGUCUGUACGCAGACCCCACGAACAAGACCCAGUUCUACGAGUGCAAUAACGGCCAGACCUACUUCCAGAACUGCGCUCAGGGGCUGGUGUUUGACUCCAGCUGCUCCUGCUGCAACUGGGCCUAGACGUCUCAGCAGGCAGACUGCUCCGCACACAUCGGCAAGGAAAGACCUCCUUCAGAGGGCUGCAUCCAUAAACACAAGCAGCGAGACAAGGCUACCAGGCGGGAAUGUGGCGGACACCACAUUGAAUCACCAAACCACACAGCGGCAAAGCCUGAUUUUGAAAGUAAUUCGCUUUCUAUUAUCAGCAAUUCCAAUUGGUUUUGAGCACCAUCGUGUCCGCUGUCUUCCUUCCCUAUCACUUUGUUCUCAUUUUCUAAGACCAUUGCAGCUUUGUUUUUUUGUAAAUCGGAAGAGCCGCUUAAAGAUCGUAGCUUUCACUGACGGGAAGUGUUGCUUCUCAUUCUCCGGAAUCAGAGAUGUCGGAUCCCUCGUUAGUCUGUUUUUGCCUGAAAAGUAAUUAAGGGGCUCCUGGGUAAGAGGCUUGGGACACUUGGGUUUUCAAAGUACAACUGUGGUGGUUUAAAAGGGGAACUUGUAAAGCUGACUAAAUCUUUCAGAUAACACUUUGCACCCGUCAGUGAAAACUGCAGCUGCCUCGUCUCAUACUCACUGAGCUGCUCACAGCCAACCGUUGCCUUAUGUUCUCUUUAUGAAUGCAGCCCUCUGGCCACACUGUCACUCAGAAGAAACUGCUUCCAGUUACACGUUAGUGGUUAAACAACACAUUUCCUAACUCUAUGACUUUUAAAACAAUUUUAAGAUUGGGGACCUGCUAAAAACACGCUUAAGGAAGAAAAAAGUUUAAUUUGGUUACGUUCUCACAGGAUAGGGGGACAGUGCAGAAAGCAAACAUAAGGAAACACCUCCUUCAGCUGAAUGAACUAGGAGCCCUUGGUAGUGAUGAAGAUAAAACCACCCAACUCCAUCUGGAACCAGUCCACCAUGGUGCGGUAAAUCUCAUUCACACAUGUAACAGUGUCACUGUUUUAACACAGUAAUCUCCUCCUCUCCCUACAGUCUUAAUAUAAUAAAAACUUUCCUCU